GAGGUUUCCUUAUGAUAGAAAUUUAACUUUUUGUUAGAAAUUUGGAGAUAUUAGGGUCGAAUAAUCGAUGGGUUUUAUAACUUGAUCAUGAAAGAAACUAACCUAACAUAACGAAUACAAUAUUAUACAGAGUUAAAUUAACAUGUUAUAAUUAAAAUUAUAAUUACAGAAACGAGUAAUGAAUAGCAAAGAUAAACAGAUAUUAUCAAACGCACUCGUAAACACAUCAAGGCCACAUUCGGCUUGAUACAACAACCAGUGAUAACACUAUCAGUGCUAAUCUAAUCAUCGUUGCGAACGGACGUGUCACCGAACUCAAAAUAAAUGUUAAAAGACAUAAAAUAAUUAAAAUCGAAGCAGAAAUGCAUAAAAUGGACUUAACCGGCAAAGUGGCGAUUAUAACUGGUGCAAGUUCUGGUAUUGGUGCUGAGACCGCGGAGCUUUUCGCCAGUUUCGGUGCCAGUUUGACACUAGUGGGUCGUGACGAAGCAAGACUGUUGAAGACUGUUAACAAAUGCGUGGCUAGCAACUGUUUGGUGCCUCUAUGGCUGAAACUGGACUUGACGCACCCGGGCAGUUGUGAAACUGUGGUGAAUAAGACAGUGGAGUUGUAUGAAAGAAUUGACAUUUUAGUGAACUGUGCCGGCAAAGUGAUGUUAUCUUCACCGUUCGGUAACUCAAUGGAAGUUUUUGACGAAUUGUUGAAUAUAAAUGUGCGAGUGCCGCAUUAUCUGUCACAGUUGUCGAUGCCGUAUUUAGAGAAGACUAAAGGUAGUAUAAUAAAUGUUGUAUCGUCGAUGCCGAAGCGGCCGAUACCCGGUCUGAUGUCAUACACCGCAUCUAAAGCCGCGUUACAAGUGUUCAGUACACAUGUGGCUUUAGCGGCGGCGGCAAAAGGUGUCAGAGUGAAUUGUGUUUGUCCUGGGAGAACAACGAACGAUGCCUUCAGGGAUGUGGAACUAGACGAGAAUAUUAGAUCUAAGUUGGGUCAGGUAAUGCCUAAUGGGAAAACUAUGGACCCUAAAGAAGUAGCGAUAUUGAUAUGUAUGACUGCCAGUUACGUUUUUCCUAAUUUGACGGGAGCAGAACUACCACUAGACGGGGCCUCCAGUUGGGCGUGAUUUGUAAGAAAUUUUAGUUUUAAGUUUAUUUUAGUUAUCAUAGUUUUAAGGUGCGAUUGCGUAAUAUUUUUUUAUCGUUUGUACUGUCAAAUUAGGGUAAUUUUUCUGUAGUAAAAAUGUUUUGUUUGAAUUAAUAAAAGAAAAGAAAUCGAAGAAAAGAGCGCGUUAAUUGCUGAUGAAAAUGAUGUGAACCGUUUAUUAUUUUGUUUUUCUUUGCUCAAAGAUUUUAAAUAGAAUUAAGUGUAUGAAACACAAAUACUGAACUAUUGUUUUAUGUUCUGGCGAAAAAAGAAUGUAUAUCAAUGUCAAGAGACAAUGCAUUUCAGGUACUUAUGUUUAUAUAUAAGGAUUUUUUUUAUAAAAAAAAUAUAUUUUGAACAAUUUUCUAUAUGUUUACGUGUUGAAUAAGAUUCGAUCUAUAAAUAUAUUAUGAAAUAAAGAUAUCUGAAUGCCUCUCGAGUCUGUCGCAUAAUGAUAACAUUGUUUUGACUUCUGAAUAAUAAUUUACGAUAAAAGUAAUGUCAUAUGGUUGUCGAUUGCUUAUCUUAUGUAUUUAGAAAUAUAUUUUCACAAUACA